AAUUCAUUCAGACGUCGCGUCGGCAACACGCGCGCUGCUCCCCCUAGCGAAAAAAACACACACACAAAACACACAAAAACCGAACACCCAAAUCCAACUCACAAAAAUUCGUAAUUAAAUAAUACGCGCAGCGCGUUCGCACCGCAGGCGUACAAGUUAUAGAAAAUCAAAGUGAAUAAUCCAAGAGAAAUAAUAUCUAAGAGAUAAACCAAGGGCCAUCCAAACCAUCCAUCCCAAAUGGCCGCUACAACACGUGUGUGCUACUCACCCAAGUGAUCCAAAAGCAAUUUCCCCCCCACAAAUCCAAAUAAAUAGAAAGGAGAACUUCAGCGGAAGCGUAAACCCCCCAAAACAAUAACGAAUCACAGCAAAAAAGCAUUCCAGAUGUUGUCCUGCCUGGCGCCGUCGUCUACACGUUUUGGCCAAGAGGAUAACAGCAUCAUACAGCAGAGCAUGCCAUCGUCCACAGCCUUCACAAUGCAGUUUCCCUCUUUGGCUUCCAGUCUGCACCACCACCAGGCACCGCACAGCAAGCCCAGCAAUGGCUCCGGCGUUGGCAGCCAGGAGCAGCACGCACAGCCAGGUGUUUCCGUUGAUGAUUUCCUGGUCAAGUGCACGCAGUGCCACAAACGCUUCACCGAGUUUCAGUCCCUCAGCGAGCACAUUGCCAGCGAGCAUCCGCACGACAAGCUGAACUUCGAGGCGAGUCGCGGCUCCAGCGGCGCUGUGCAGCCGGAGAGCGAUGCCGAGGAUGAGCAGAGCAAUCUGAGUGGCAGCCGCUAUGCCAAGUCCCCUGCCAACACCAACAACACCCAUGCCAACCCAAGCAACAACAACAACAGCGAUCUGGCCAAGAACCACAACAACAACAACAACAGCAGCAACAGCAGUAAGCUCUCACCCAUGUGCUCGCCCGGAUCGGGGGGUCCCGCCGCAGAUCUCUUUGCCCACCUCUCCCACGGAGCACCGCCUCAGCUGCCUCCCCACCUGCACGCUCAGUUCAUGGCUGCCGCCGCUUUGGCCAUGCAAUCGGCACGCUCCGUCAGCUCCUCCGCCAGUUCGCCCAACAGUCACCAUCACCAGCAGCAGUCGCACCACCACCAGCAGCAGCAACAGCACCACCAGCAGCAGCAUCAGCACCUCCUCCAGCAACAGCAACAGUCGCAGCAGCAGCAGCAGCAGAUGGCCAUGCAGCAGCUGCUGCCGCCACAGCUACCGGGGAGCAACAGCAGCGUGGGCAGCAAUUCCGCCUACGAUCUGGAUCUGAGUGCCCCACGAUCCACCUCCAGUCCGGGCUCCACCACGGGCGACCUGAGCGGCGCCUACCCCUGCAUGCAAUGCACCGCCGCCUUCAGCAGUCGCGAGCAGCUGGAGCAGCACGAGCUGCUCCACUCGCCCACCGGGGGCCAGCCCACGGCACAAAAUGUCUCUCAGACUUGCCGAAUCUGCCACAAAGCCUUCGCGAAUGUCUACCGCCUGCAACGGCACAUGAUCAGCCACGAUGAGUCGGCGCUGCUACGCAAAUUCAAGUGCAAGGAGUGCGACAAGGCGUUCAAAUUCAAGCACCACCUGAAGGAGCAUGUGCGCAUCCAUUCCGGCGAGAAGCCCUUCGGCUGUGACAACUGUGGCAAGCGCUUCUCGCACUCCGGCAGCUUUUCCUCCCACAUGACCUCCAAGAAGUGCAUCAGCAUGGGCCUGAAGCUGAACAACAAUCGGGCGCUGCUCAAGCGCCUGGAGAAGAGUCCUGGCUCCGGGCCACGGCGCUCGCCCACGGACCUGCAGGGCCCCAAAAAUGGUGCCGGAAAGAUGUCCGAUCAGCAGUCCCUGCCUCCGCUGCCCAAUCCCAUGAUCUACUUUGCCGGCGAGGCGCAAGCGCAGGCAGCUGCCGCGAAUGGAGCUCCUCCACCGUUCUACCCCAACUACAUGAAUGCUGCCCUGCUGGCCUUCCCCAAUCCCUUCAUGGCAGCGGCCCUGGACCCCCGCGUCCACCCCUACAGCAUACAGCGGCUCCUGGAGCUGACGGCUGCCGGACAACAGCAGCAACAACAACAGCAGCAGCAGCAACAGCAUCAGCGUCUGUCCUGGCCACCGUCCGUGCCUGGUGCUGGCGUGAUGCUGCCACCGCCAUCCAAUCAACAACAACAGCAGCAGCAACAGCGUCCCACGGCACCGCCACCACCUCUGCUUUCUGGCUCAGGCUUUGGACAGCCGCCACCGCAGUUCUUUCACCAUGCCGGCCUGCUACCACCGCCGCCGCCACCAGCCCCAACAUCGGGGGCGGGAAAUGUGAGGUUUGCUGCACCACCAACGCCGCCCUCGGGCGUUCCGUCCCACGGCGCCUUUGAUUUCUUCAAUGCCAAAAUGUUGCUACACUAGGCACGCGUGGUGCGUGUCUUUGCUAGCCGCGAAACGGUAGUGGCGACGGGUGUGUGUCCCGGCUGUAACCUACAAUAACCGCUAAAUGUAAACGAUAACAGUGGUCGUUAACAGUGCACUUACAUGCUGUACUUAAGAAAAACAGAAACAAAAAACCGAAAUGAAACAGAAAUCUCAAAAAUGUGCAGGAACACGUAGAAGGAGAUAGAGUGCACCCUAGACAGAGACAGAGCGAUAGAUGAGAUAUUUUUUAUAGCAAUAUAAACGAGAAGAAGGAAAUUGGAGGAAAGGAGAGAGCUUGAUCGGAUCGAAGAGGAGCAGGAGGAGGAGAAACCUUUCGUUGGAGCGAAUUUAUUAUUAUUUUUACAAUGUUGCAUCCAUUUUGUUUUUAGUAUUUGCUUAGUUGAACAUCAUUUUGUUUUUAGUUUACCGCCUAAGUUCUGGCCAGUUUUUGGCCAGUGGCCCAACCCCAUCCCCAAUCCGAACUCCCUGCCCCAUUUCAUAUACAUAUAUGCAUAGAGUGUAUCUAUAUUUUUGUAUACUAGAUUUAUGUAUAGUUUCCCCAGUACCAAGUGCUGCGAAUACUCAGAAGUACUUUAGUUCACACUCCUUGAUGGAAUAAAUGUUUAUUUCUUAUAGUUUUUACAUCGGUUUAUAUCGUUUAUGUUUAAGCGUUCGAGCCAGGAUGGGUUACCUACCAUUUGCAUUCAAUUCCUCAAAAAAAAAAACACAGAAAACUUCCGGACCAAACAAACAGUUUAUGAACCACAGACAAUACCCCCGAGGACUCAAAAGUAUUACCCCCAGCGUGAAAACUGUAUUAAAGACCCUAAGAACCCUCCCCUCUUCAGAUGGAAAACCCACCGCUUGUAGCGCGUUUCAAGCUCUUCUACUUAAGGCAUACCACCCCCUAUUAUAAUCCUCUCGAACUACGCUUCUAACCCGCCACCACCCCCGCUCGAAUCAUCGAUACAGAGAGAGAGACGGAGAGAGAACACACCUACUAGAUCAUUCCAUUCGGCCAGAGGCGAGGCUCCCACGCUCGAUGGGGCCUCCCUCAUGGGUCGCCUCAUGCAUUUAGGCCUUCUGCCGGGCUGCUGCUAAAGAACACCCCACUAAAACUACAACUAAAACUAAAGCUAACUCUAAACUAAACCACAACUAAUAUUUAAUAUAUAUACGAACCUAAACCUAAACCUACAACUAAAGUUAAACGAAAACAAAAACUUAAUUUGGCCUUAUUAAAGAUUAUUUAACAAUUAAAACAUUUAAAAAGUUUAGCAUGUAAAAAUGGAAAAGAAAAAAAACCAAAAACAAACCUUUGGAAAAGUCUCGCAGAAAAGUAGUAGGAAAAUUCCAAGAAAAACCAAAAUAAGAUUAACCAUAAAAAAGUGUUUGCCAUGACAAUAAAUUUAUAUAAUGUAAAAGAUAAUGCUUUCGAUUCUAGCUCAAAUUUCAACUUCAAUUCUAAUCGUUUUCCACCUCAGCCUGCGCCUCAGCAAAACUUUAAUUCUAUAAUUACGUAAUCCAACACAAAUAUGUACACAAAAAAGGUUUCCCAAACAACGAACAUUUUCUUUGUCCAAGGAUUUUCUUGCUUUUCCACAGACCUCCCCAAAAAAAAAAAAAAAAAGAGAACAAGAAGAACUCACAAAAAAAUGCAUUUAAUACUUAAUUAAUUUUUAUAUAUUUGUAUUUUAACUGAAGGAUCGAUCGGUGGCAGGAUCGAAGGAUAUAUAUAUAUGUGUAUAUACAUAUAUUUUUUGUAAAUUAUUUCGCCAAAACACAAAGCUAGAGAAUCCAAAAAACAAAACCCACAACAAAGCGCAGAUUUCGGAAAUGAAAGAAGAGCCCGCAAAAGUUUUAGCAUAAAUUUAACAAUAAUUACUAUUACUACCAAUAAAUACUUAGCCUAGUUAAAGCCCCCCAACUUCCCCUUACUCCCGCACCCUUAACAAGAACAAAAUGUUAACUUAAAAAUUUAAACUAAAGAAACGAAAAAGAAACUUACUUUUAAGCGCAAAUAUUUUGUGGUUUGUGAUGGGAGUCGACGGAUAUUUGCACUCUAGGGCCUUAUAUGAGAUACACAAAACACACACGAUUGUUAGUUAUUUAAAGGAUAAAGGAUAAACACUUAAUGGAAAGGAUUGAGAGCCUUGCAUCGUUUUUACUAUAUACCUAUAUGUUCCAAACUACUACCUUGUUUUCUACUCCCCCAACUAUCCCCAAAUAACACUCUCUGUUAAAGUUGUUUCACCCUCAAACACACACACACUCUUUAUGUAAAUAAGCCACAGAUAUAGUAUAUAUAUAUAUAUGUAUAUGUAUGUGUAGGAUAUAUACGGAGCAGAAAGCAGUCGAAUGUAUUAUUUGUUUUAUUUUUAUGUUCAACAAUAGAGCGAUCACUAAAUUAAGCGAAAGCCAAGCCUAAGCAUCAAAUGUUCAUUUUUUAAUUGCUCUACAGAGAACACCCGCUAAAAGAAACACCCAAAAGAAUACACUAAAAGAGAGUUGAAAGAGAUAGAGAGAGAGAGAGAGAGAGAUAACGAUUCAGAUAACUUAUAUUUCAAAUAUUACGCAUAAAUGUAUUUUAAUCAAAGUAAGCAAACAAAAACGAACGAUUCAAUGAUUCAAUGGAUAAAAAACAUGCAUUCAUAUAAAUGAAUAAAACCUUUUUGUCUUGAUAAAUUUACAAAAAAA